GGACCUGGCUGCUCGCAACUGCCUGGUGACGGAGAAGAACACCCUGAAGAUCAGCGACUUCGGGAUGUCACGGGAGGAGGAGGAUGGCAUCUACGCCUCCACAGGGGGGAUGAAGCAGAUCCCUGUCAAGUGGACCGCCCCCGAAGCACUCAGUUAUGGCCGGUACAGCUCCGAGAGCGACGUCUGGAGCUUCGGGAUCCUGCUGUGGGAAGCCUUCAGCCUGGGCGCCGUCCCCUACGCCAACCUCAGCAACCAGCAGAUGAGGGAGGCGGUGGAGCAGGGUGAGGGAUGCGGAUGGAGCCCAGCUCUCGAGGGCCACUGCGGGGUCGUGGGCCCAGCACCGCAGCUGCAGAGUCCCUUGCUGGCAUUGACUGACCUCUUGGAUAUAUGUCUGGAUAUUUGCAAAGGCUGUGUCUAUUUAGAGAAAAUGCAUUUUAUACACAGGGACCUGGCUGCUCGCAACUGCCUGGUGACGGAGAAGAACACCCUGAAGAUCAGCGACUUCGGGAUGGCACGGGAGGAGGAGGAUGGCAUCUACGCCUCCACAGGGGGGAUGAAGCAGAUCCCUGUCAAGUGGACCGCCCCCGAAGCACUCAGUUAUG